AUGCAAGUGGGGAACGAUGGUUGCCGUGAUGUAUGUGGAUUGCGGGAUCAGCUUGGGUGUAGUUUUUACCUGGAAGGUGCUCUUGACGCACGGAGGGUGCAGAGCAUCACUCUCAUUGUGGAUGCUCCCUUCGAGCUGUGGCGCCGUGUUCUUUACAGUGAUGCCCUUUUUGGGUCAAGCAGUGACAGCGAGUUCUUGCAGGGGUUUCCAGAGUGCGUGGCGAAGACUGUCGCGGCCGCCCUUUCCCGCCUCGUAGCGGAGAAUAUUGAUUGUUUCGUGUGUCAUUCUGUGACGAGGUCAAGUCGGUUAGGGGGAGAGAGGGAGGAGGCAGAAGGAGCAGUCGUUCCUAUUCCCUUGCAUCAGUCAUGGCCGCUGUUGGCUCAGAGUAUCGCCGACAGCCUUGCCCAAAUUGUGCGGACCUCGCGGAACCGCGUGUUUGUCGCGGAGGUACAUCGGCUGCUGCUGAAUCGCCAAGGGGCUGAGAAGACGCCGCCUUCCUGGUUUAAUGUUGGCGAUGAUCCCGCCAUUGAUUCGGGCUCCGGGGCCGCGUGCUCGCAGCCGUCUCUCGCUAAAACAGUUGCUUUACUUCGCUGGGCUGUUGAGAUGCGCCUCAUGGAGUCGUAG